CCCACCUGGGGUAGGUGACAAUCUGUUCUUUGACACUAGAUUAGUCUGAAGAACGUGACCUAGGCUGACUUCUCCCUGGCUUCUGCCCUUAAGAGACUCUAAGCCCACCCAUCAGCCUGGAGUUCCAAGUGGCCAACAUAAUGUCAUCCUCCACACUCAGGGUGGCUGUGGUCUGUAUGAGCAACAUGAGCAAGAGCAUGGAAGCCCACAGCAUCCUCAAGAAGAAAGGAUUCAACGUCAGGUCUUUUGGAGUGGGAUCCCGUGUGACACUGCCAGGACUGGCACCCAACCUCCCUGUGGUAUAUGAUUUCUCCACCACAUAUGAGCAGAUGCGCAAGGACCUUCUCUGCAAAAACAGAAUGCACUACAGGAGCAAUGGGGUGUUACAGAUUUUGGGGAGAAAUGAGAGAAUCAAACCUGGCCCUGAAAGAUUUCAAGAGUGCAGAGAUCCCUUCGAUGCCAUCUUCACCUGUACUGAGAGUGUGUAUAAAGUGGUGGUGAAAAAUCUGUGUGCUAGAGAACAGAAGACCUGGCAGCCUGUGCAUGUGAUCAACGUGGAAAUAGAGGACACCAUGGAGGCAGCCACACUUGGAGCUCUGAUCAUCUGUAAGCUCUGCCAGGGUCUCCAGCAGGAGGACGAUAUGCAAAGCAGUCUGCCUAAGCUGUUCCAGGGAGUGAAGAAGAAAACAGGCAAGAGCUUUCUGCACACUAUCUGCUUCUACUGAAGAUCUUGGCUGGAUUCAGUUCCUUUGUUGGUAUACCCCACCCAGGGCAGGAAGUGGAAGAGAACAUCAUUGCAUGGCACAAGAAACAUGGACUACCAGCAGACACCUGAAUGCUUUCAAUUGGAUAGAUGAUGGUGUGGGUACUUAAUCUGGAAGCUCACAUGGCUCUGCAAGGAAUUUAACAUGAGGACUCCCUUUUCCCGAUGGACAAGCCAAGGCUGAUCACGGAGUGCCAGACAAGUGAUGUGUUGGAUAUUCCAGCAAUACAAAACAAACAAAAAACAUUUUCUACUCCAUUUAUUUAUAGUGAUAAAAUUUUCCUUUUGCUCUUUUGGAGUGGUAUACAAAUGUGAGUUCUUUUUUUUUUUUUUUUUUUUAGUGAGUUAGGAUUGUAUUGAAUGUUUGAACUUAGACCUAUGUUGUUUUUAGGUUGUAUGUUCUUUCACUGAUGCUGACUUUCAUAGAAACUCAGGAUAGAUAAUUGGUGGCUUUUAUUACUAAAACCCUGGCAUGAUCUGUUCAAUUAAAUAGUUCAUUAAGUGAAAUAAAAUGAAAUAAAACCUCUAAUUUAAAGAAAA